UUUUAAACAUGAUAAGAAAUAAAGAUUUGAAAUAAUAGUAGCAUUUAUAGAUUAUAAUAAUCGAAAAUACUAGCUAUUAUAAUUGUAAUCCGAAAGAUUAGUUCAGUUCCAGUUUUUCUAUCAAAUAGAUAUAUAUAUAUAUAUAUAUAUAUAUAUAAACUGAAUGAAUGGAACUUGGAAGAACAUAAAUAUAUAAAAAAAAAACAAAAACAAAAAUAAAGUUAAAUUUGAAAUAAAUGGAGUGUGAAAUGAAUUAGGUUGGGAUAUCCCCCCGCGUUUGUUCAAGCAGUCAAUUUCUUUGACAAAUUUAACUAUUGAAAAAGGGUAUUUGGCCCAACUUCUCCGUCAAAAUCUGCUAUAAAAAGGGCAACAACCGCAGCAGAUCGUCAAUCUCGUCGCGCCGCCGCCACUGCUACAGAUCGUCUCCCCGUCGCCCCAUUGGUGGUUUCAUUACACUCAUAAUGGGGAGAAGACCUGCUAGGUGUUACCGACAGAUUAAAAACAAGCCAUACCCUAAGUCACGAUUUUGUCGGGGUGUCCCCGAUCCUAAGAUCAGGAUCUACGAUGUUGGAAUGAAGAAGAAAGGAGUUGAUGAAUUCCCAUUCUGUGUCCACCUCGUGAGUUGGGAGAAAGAAAACGUGUCCAGCGAGGCUUUGGAAGCAGCUAGGAUUGCUUGCAAUAAGUAUAUGACCAAGUUUGCUGGGAAGGAUGCAUUCCAUUUGAGGGUUCGGGUGCACCCCUUCCAUGUUCUUCGGAUUAACAAGAUGCUUUCAUGUGCUGGAGCUGAUAGGCUCCAAACUGGUAUGAGAGGUGCAUUUGGCAAACCACAGGGAACCUGUGCAAGGGUAGACAUUGGUCAGGUUCUCCUUUCAGUUCGCUGCAAGGACAACAACGGACAGAAUGCACAGGAGGCUCUCCGGCGUGCUAAGUUCAAGUUUCCUGGCCGUCAGAAGAUCAUUGUGAGCAGGAAGUGGGGUUUCACGAAAUUCAGCCGAGCUGAUUAUCUGAAGUACAAGGCAGAGAACAAGAUUCUUCCAGAUGGUGUUAACGCCAAGCUUCUUGGAUGCCAUGGGCCUCUUGCAAACCGUCAGCCUGGAAGAGCUUUUCUAUCUCAAACUGCCUAGAUUCAUUUUGUUGUGUUUUAUUGUUCUCUUUAUUUGAAAUCAUUGUUGACAUUAUUACCUUGGUUGUUUAAACUCUUGUGAAACGAGACAGAGAUUGCUUUUUUAUACUAUUUUUAUCUUUUAUCCAAGUAAA